GCGGCGGCGGUAGCGGAGCCUAGCGGUCGCCGGGACUCGCGGGCGCGGAUCGUAGAGCGUCGCGGGCGGGGACGGCCGCCCGAGGCGGCGGCGUAUCGGUUAGCAGACCUCGCCUCCAGCUUGCCGGAGCUGAGGACCUAGCGGGGCCGCCUCCGGGCCAGCCUCUCCCCGCUCUGCCAGCCGGCCCCGGCGCCGAGGGCGCGGCGACGCUCGGCCACCAUGGGCUGCACACUGAGCGCUGAGGACAAGGCGGCCGUGGAGCGCAGCAAGAUGAUCGACCGCAACCUCCGGGAGGACGGAGAGAAGGCGGCGCGCGAGGUCAAGCUGCUGCUGCUGGGUGCUGGUGAAUCCGGGAAGAGCACAAUUGUGAAGCAGAUGAAAAUUAUCCACGAGGCUGGCUACUCAGAGGAAGAGUGUAAGCAGUACAAAGCAGUGGUCUACAGCAACACCAUCCAGUCCAUCAUUGCCAUCAUUAGAGCCAUGGGGAGAUUGAAAAUCGACUUUGGAGACGCUGCUCGUGCGGAUGAUGCUCGCCAACUCUUCGUGCUUGCUGGGGCUGCAGAGGAAGGCUUUAUGACCGCGGAGCUCGCCGGCGUCAUAAAGAGACUGUGGAAGGACAGCGGUGUGCAAGCCUGCUUCAACAGAUCCCGGGAGUACCAGCUGAACGAUUCGGCGGCGUACUACCUGAAUGACUUGGACAGAAUAGCACAACCAAAUUACAUCCCAACCCAGCAGGAUGUUCUCAGAACUAGAGUGAAAACGACGGGAAUUGUGGAAACCCACUUUACUUUCAAAGAUCUUCAUUUUAAAAUGUUUGACGUGGGAGGCCAGAGAUCAGAGCGGAAGAAGUGGAUUCACUGCUUUGAAGGCGUGACUGCCAUCAUCUUCUGUGUGGCCCUGAGUGACUAUGACCUGGUUCUUGCUGAGGAUGAAGAAAUGAACCGGAUGCACGAAAGCAUGAAGCUGUUCGAUAGCAUAUGUAACAACAAGUGGUUUACGGACACAUCCAUCAUCCUUUUCCUGAACAAGAAGGACCUCUUCGAAGAGAAGAUCAAAAAGAGUCCCCUCACGAUAUGCUAUCCAGAAUAUGCAGGCUCAAACACAUAUGAAGAGGCGGCUGCGUAUAUCCAGUGUCAGUUUGAAGACCUCAAUAAAAGGAAGGACACAAAGGAAAUUUACACCCACUUCACUUGCGCCACGGAUACGAAGAAUGUGCAGUUUGUGUUCGAUGCUGUAACGGACGUCAUCAUAAAGAAUAACCUAAAAGACUGUGGUCUCUUCUAAGCUCUGCAGUGGGGUAGUAAAAAUGCAUUUUCAAACCAGACGAGUACUUAUAUAUGGAUCUCUCUAGACUAGAGUCUCCCAGCAACAGAGAAUGUAGUGUACAGCAAAUGCAUCCUGGACCUAACCAGAGUUCUGACCAAAGUUGUUCUGUAUCGUGUCUUUAUAUGAACGUAAUAGAAGGACCUUUCGAGAAGGCGAAAGAUGGUCCUGGAGUGUGAGAGGGAGGGUUGAUGUUGAAGCUGGGGCUCUAGUGUACUGAUGAUUUCUGUGUAAGUGUAAAUAUGCAAAUGUAAGAUGUAUUUAUAACUUCUGAUUUCCCACGUUAUGUUUAUGUUGUAAGAGUGGCAACUUAUGGUCCUAGUGCGAUGGCUUUGGGAAAACAUAACUGUUAAGUACCUUGUACGGAAUGACAGAUUGGUUCUGUGUUUGGCAGUUUUGAUCAGCUUUAUUUAUGUUCGUACCCCUAAAUUUUAGGCACCAUAAUUAACAUUAGGAAAUGUCAACCCCCUUACCCUGAUUCUAUGUUUACUUAUACUCAUAAAAUGUUAUUUGUAUAAACGUUGCACAGACUAUUUUAGUACCAUGAUUUGUCCUCUAAAGUUUCUGUGUUUCAUGGGGAUGAUCUUUCAGAGGUUGCUGCACCUCCUUUGGAUCAGUCAUUUAAGCAUUGAGAGCAUUAGGAUUUAUUUACAGAGUGCAUGACGUGCCGAUUCUACUUUACAUUUGUUUUAAAAAACUAAAAUUCCAGAUCUUUGAGGACACAGGAUCUCAGACUUAAAAACCCUUCUGUCUUAAAUUCACUGCUUUGAACUGGAUCUUAGUAUCUGGAUGGUAUUUCUGCAUUGCCUUGGAGUGAUGCCAAAUUCAUUUUAUACACAAUAACCACUGUUUUAUUUAUAAUGACGUUUAGGUGAGUGAUGAGAGCAUUUUUGUGAGUAAAAGAUUUUUAGUAUUAUGUGAAUUUUGAGACAUUGAUUUGUGUAUUUUUUUUUUUUGACAAAGCCCUUGUAUUUGAGCACACAUGAUACUUCCUUGUCUAGGAGAAGACCAGAAAACAUGAUAUUGCUGAUAUUAUACAGGCUUUUGAUUCAUAGGGAACUAGUUUGAGGUUCAUUACUUUAUGUCAAAAAUGACUUCUUUUGCAUUAGGUAUUCGAAUUCCUUCCACUUGCUCGGAUUUCUACUCUUUUAAAGCUACAGUAUGAUUUUUGACAUUAAGUGGACAAUUAUUGUUAGAAAUUAAAUAAUAGUAUUUAGCAAGAUCAGUGAGUGUAUGUGGGCUUAAAUAGGUGUUACGUAACAGCUACAUACUGAACUUUGUUAGUGCCAUUUUUAAAGAAUCAUUUACGGUGUGUGCGUGCCCUUGUUUCAGCAAGCUGAAUAGCAUUCCCCAGCUCCUUCCCCUUUUUAACUCAUCUACACCAUUGAGUCUUUCCAUAAGCUUUGCUGGUGCGUAGUUGCUCACUUGAGUUAGAAGUUGCUGGUUCCUUAGAGUCUCCCUGCUGACGUUUGUGCAUAUGUAAGUGUAUGGAGAACCGUAAACUACAUCCACGCCUGUUUACUUUUGGGCACAUUUGUUCUCUUCUUUGUAAUGUAAAGAAAUUCAGAGUUACCCAAAUUCCUUCAGUGUUAGUCUAGAUUAUUUUCUGUGCCUUUCAGGAAAGAUCCAUUUCCAUUCAUUGACUAAUGGAAGACCUGUCAGACCCACCUUGUCAAGCUGUGUAUGAAAUUCAAGUAUACUCUGGAUACAUUUGAGUGAUGAAAAAUAGGGUUUGAAAGCCACAAAGAAGCACAUAUUGGUGACCACCAUUGGUGAAUCCCUGAACUCUGUGUAACUGUGCUACUAAUACACCCCAAUAAAUUUAAAUUUUUAAAAUUUUACAAACCUGUUGACUGAAUUCAUUUUGUAUUAUAAUAUAGGCGUAGCAUGUAAAAACUCCCUUCUUUGUUUCCAGUACUCUCUCAUUUUAGCUUUAUCUGUCUGAGAAGCUCCAGUUUGCCCUGAGUGUUCUUAUAGAGUAUGAUUUCAAAUUUAAAUGUCCCGCCUGUCAUCCCCUAUGGGAAUUCAUCUCACAGCUCACUGUACCCAUAGAAUCACAAAGAAUUGGGGUCCUAGGUCACAACAAUAUGCAUUAGAAGAGGCUUGUGGUGGUCUGCCCCUUCUUGCUUUCUUUAAUGCUUGGCUGAGGCAAUGAGUAGAUUCAUUUGUGCCCUUUUGCUUCCAGCAUGAUGCCUUGCCACAGAGCUAAAGCAGUGGAAUCAGUUGAUCAGACUGGAAUAUUCAAAUGCAUAAGUCAAGAUAAGUGACCUCAGAUGUAUUUUGAUAGUGACAGAAAGCUGUAUAACAUACCUACUGAAUACCCUCUUUGUUGGGGAAAUACAAGCUAUAGGUCACAUGUGACCUAAAGCAUCUGUGAACGUGGUUCAACACAAAACCAUUAAUGUAAAACAUUAUAAGUCUCUGUGUGUGUGUGUGUGUCUGUGUGUGUCUGUGUGUCUGUAUGUCUGUGAGUGUGUGAAAGACAGACAGCUGGCCCCCCAGGGGGGAUGAAAUUUCCUAAAUCUUUCAGUUAAUAUUGGCCACCUGGACUUCCUGUGUCUCCAUUUCUAGAUGGAGAGUUCAUUUUCAUUAAAUAACCUCUAGUUUAGUUUGGGGUAGGAGGGGUAUUUUUGUUUGUUUCACAUUCUCAGGUCAUUAUUGAGCUUCCCCUUAAAAUGGCUUGUGAAUAAAAUUCCAUCAACCCCAUGUAACCUAGGUUGGCCUGUUUAAUACAAAAUCCAGACUACAUCACCCUCUGUUUUAACUCACACUGGCUCUGAGUUGUCAAUAAAAUUGAGUAUUAUUUAAAGCCUCCCA